CAGAGAGCUCAAGCAUAGGCCGGAUUCUUGUUUGCGGGAAUCCCAUGGAUCUAGCCCAAGUUCAGGGCCAGGGAUGGGUAGAUUUUCCUGGGGUUGCCAUGGGUUGCCAAAAGGCAAACAAGGAGGAGCCCUCCAAGGACUUUGGUGCGCAUUUGCCGGCAGUGGACUGGAAUGUGCAACCACGGCUCCCCUUCACGAGGCACUUCAUUGCAGCCCCUCGCCAUGAGCAGCCUACUGCAGUUGCAUGGCGGCAGGCACUUGGCAUUUCCAUUGAAGACAAGGGGCCACUGCAUAUUGUGCCGGCGCCAAUCGCCCAAUUUGAGGAGCUGGGAGUCCUCCCUGCCUAUGUUCUUGAAGCACUUCGCAAAUGCGGAAUCACAGCACCACUGCCAAUUCAGUCACAGGCCUUGCCUUUGGUGCUGUCUGGAUGUGAUGUAGUUGGAAUCGCACAGACAGGCAGCGGAAAGACGUUGGCAUUCUUGCUGCCAGCCAUCGUUCAUAUUGAGGCGCAGCAGCCGAUUCCGCGGGGUUGCAUCCAGCCAAUUGCUUUGAUUCUCGCGCCAACUCGAGAACUCGCGGUGCAGAUAGUUGAGGAGGCAUGGAAGGUCCUUCGUGGAUCAAAAUCCGGGAGACAUAGCAAUGGAGUUUGGGCGACUGCUGUCUAUGGUGGAGGGAAAAAGCACCAGCAACUGAGAGAAUUGCAAUAUGGUUCUGAAAUCGUUGCGGCCACACCAGGGAGGCUGAUCGACUUUCUCACGCAGCAAUCGAUGUCACUCGAUCGAGUUACCUACUUGGUUUUAGAUGAGGCUGACCGGAUGCUUGAGCAGGGUUUUGCUGAGGAUGUGGCCAACAUCUCUGGCCAGGUGCGGCCAGAACGUCAAGUUCUGUUCUUCUCGGCAACCUGGUCAUCUGAGGUGCAAAUGCUUGCAAGUGGUUUAUGCCACCGGAGCUCCAGGCCCGUGCGAAUUUCAGUUGGCCAAGAGCGAGGCAGCUGCCUUGAUACCGCUCCGCAUGCAAGGGACAGCAUUGUUCAGCAGGUCGUGGUCGUUGAUUUCCCAGACGACUAUGAGCAACAAGUUGCAGAGAAGAGAAGGCUAUUGGAUGGACACUUGCAGGAGGUGCUGUGGUCCUCUCAGGACCACAAGGUCCUCGUUUUUGUCAGCCAGAAGCAAUAUGCGGAUGAGUUGGCAAACAAGUUGUGGGAGGGGGGAUUCAAAGCAGCUGCGAUGCAUGGAGGGAAAUCACAGGAGUCAAGAUUGUGGACGCUGGACCAGUUCCGAAAGGGCGAGUUCAGGCUGCUAGUGGCCACUGACGUGAUCGGAAGAGGUAUUGACAUCCCAAGCGUCUCACACGUGGUGGUGUUUGACAUGGGCACAAUUGAUGACUAUGUGCACCGGAUUGGUCGAACCGCUCGCGGGAAAGAUGGCAAAGGACAUGCUCUGGUUUUCUUUGAGUACUGGCACAAGGAACCUGGCAUUGCUGAUGAUCUAUGCCAACUGCUGAUGGCAUCAGGGCAACCUGUGCCUGAGGACUUGAAAAGGAUAGCAGGAGAAGUAGCUGCUGGACGGCGUCAGGUCUUCAACAAACCACGCUGGCACGGCCGAAAGUGGGGCGGUGAGGGAUACUUGAAGGACUCAUAGGAGCACGAGUGGCCAAGAGAGCACGAAGAAGAAUGGGCAACACAAACAAAGCACGUUCUGUGACACUAUAAAUGGUUGGGGCAUCCACAACCAGCAUCGGACGCCGCUUCUGCGUCUCACUCUGGUGGGUGACCAAUGCCCCGACUCAGUGUUCUAUCGGCCAUCUAGGUAGAAAAAAAG